GUCGGCGUCCGCUUCCCACACGAAGUAAACGACACGACUGCGGCAGCGACAACAGCAACGACGACAUUAGAACUGCCUCCGACCUCGCUUCGGCUCUUCCGCCUCCCCAAGUCAUCUCGGCCCAACUCCACCUCUGCCGCCCGCUGCCCGCAGGCCCGCCGGCCAUCCUCUCCAUCGCCAUCAUUCCACAAUUCUUCGUAGUUUUGUUGUUCUUCUACUGUAUUUUAUAUAUACACCUCCUACAGCAGCAAUAGAAGCUGGAGUGGAAGAUAUGGAAGAUAGACGCAGCGGCAUGAUGCAGCGCCUUCAAUCCUCCUCCAGCUCCUCUGCCGCGGCCGCCGCUGCCCCAACGUUGCCGUCUUCUUCCUGCUCCUCUUUUUCCUCGAGGCUGCCGAGCCCUUUGGAUCUCCCAAAUUUCGCUCUUCCGUUCCGCCACUUCUCUGCCAGCUUCAGCCCCGACGCCUCCACCGCUGCCAAACGGCCGGGCAUUCCGCCGAUUCCCCCUUCCCCGAGCUCCUCCCCCGCUGCCGCCGUCGCGUCACCGUUUCACUCCCGCUCCCUCUCUCAACCCCUCGCCUUCGACUCCUUGCCCCACUUGACCCCUCCUCCUCUCCCCUUGCUCAUCGACCCCAUGAUGGUCGACGACCGGCCGCCUGUGGCCCGGACACCGGGCCCCCGCGACGGCUUACCCCCUCGCCGGGCCCACCGCCGCUCAAACAGCGACAUCCCCUUCGGCCUCCCCCUCCCCUCGCCCCCGGCGGCGCAGCCUCCGCUUCACCAGCGGCCCGCGCCCUCCCCCAAGCAGGCGGAGGCGAGCUGCGUCGAGGACGAUCUGAUCAUCACCUACAUGGAUAGCUUCGACACGUUGAACUCAGGGACGGAGGAGAAGCAGGAGGAUGUUGUGGAGAGCAGCAGGCUGAGCGGCACGAGGACGAGCGGGGCCGACAGCAGCGAGAACGAGGCGGAGAGCAGCGUCAACGAGAGCGGCGGUGAUGGCAGUUGCGGUAGGGAGAGGAAGGAAGGAAACAAGAGGAGCGCAGUGGGGGAUUUGACGGCAAUGAAUCCACGGCACCGCAGGAGUCUUUCCAUGGAUAGUAGUUUCAUGGGCAAACUCCAUUUUGGGGAUGAAUCUCCCAAAUUUCCAGCUUCACCUGGAAACCAGAUGGGGCAACUAUCACGAAGUGGCUCAAUGGAUGAAACAAUGAAUACAUUCAGCUUGGAGUUUGGAAAUGGCGAGUUUAGCAGUGCCGAGAUGAAGAAGAUUAUGGCAGAUGAGAAGCUCGCAGAGAUGGCAUUAGCAGAUCCUAAAAAAGUCAAAAGGAUUUUGGCAAACCGCCUGUCAGCUGCCCGUUCUAAGGAGCGCAAGAUGCGGUAUAUCACAGAAUUGGAACAUAAGGUGCAGAUCUUGCAAACAGAAGCUACUACACUGUCAGCACAAUUGACCUUGCUACAGAGGGAUUCGGCCGGACUGGCAAGUCAGAACAAUGAACUAAAAUUCCGUCUUCAAGCCAUGGAGCAACAAGCACAGCUGAAAGAUGCCCUGAAUGAGGCACUGAGUGCAGAAGUCCAGCGUCUAAAACUCGCUACUGGAGAGAUCAGCGAGGCUCAGCUCUCAAAGAGUAUAAAUCAGCAGAUGCAACUGAAUCCUCGGAUGUCUCAAUUGCAUCAGUUGCAGCCGCAUCAGCAACAACAGAAGCAGCAAACUGCCGAGACUUCUCUUCAAUUGCCAGCACCACAGCAACAACAGAACGACGUUUCUGCUAAGCUAGAAUCAAGCAAAUGCUAGCAUUCACUGAAAGAGGAAAUCAUGCCGUUUUGGUCUGCUUCGUGUUCCAUCGUUUAAGAUGCUGCGUGAAGUGAGAUGUGAUCAUGCGACUUG